GCCUGAGAACUGGGACUCCCUUCUGGUCUACAGGGCAACAGGCCAGGUGACCAAUCAGGUCGCAGACCCUGGGUCAUUGUUGGAGGCAGACAUGUUGCCAUGACUCCUGAAACCUGGGUGACUGGAUGAUACAGAGACAAGAGCCUGCUUGUGUCCUGGGCUGGUGUCCCGCAAGCGUGUGGACAUGUCUGUGGGAAAGACCACGAAAGUAGAAGAGAGUUUUCAAAGGGUCCUGGGAUUUAAGAAGAUGGUCGACAGGUGGCAGAAUUCACACACCCACUGUAUGUGGCAGACGCCGCUGGGCCAGAGGAGAAACCUGUAUGCUGCCCUAAGGACGCAGGACACCAGGGGACAGGAGUUGGCACUGGCCAACAAGCAGCUGCUGAUGGUCCGUCGAGCGGCCCUGCACCAGCUGCUUGAACAGGAGCAUCAGCAGUACCAGCAGGAACUGAAUCUGACGGGCAGAGCAUUUUACGUGGAGAGACUCUGACGGCGCCCAAAACAAAGCUGGCUCUUAACGGCUCGAAGGCAGACAUAUGGCUCAUUCUACGGCCCUGAAUCCCUAUUGGUUGCAAAAGUGUUUAGCUGUACCCGUGAUCUUAAAACAGCUUCCUGGGUUUUGCUCA